AUGGCGGCAGUCCUUAGAGACACAAUAAACUUGGUGCCACUGUGUACGACUUCACAAGGCUGGAAUUGUAACGAUAUACGUCUUCAUGAUGCAGGUUUAGACGUUCUCCAUGGAGUGAAACUUAUAACGCGGAAAGUGGCGUUUGUAGGUAUGAAUUACGUUCCAGAUGACAAGAAGGAGGGCGAGCUGACUGAACGUGGUUUAUAUCUAAGCUCUACCAGUGUCCCUGCAGCAAGUCAGGACACAAACAUGCUUCUCUUAGUACUGCGUGGUGUAUCGCUGGUGAAAGAACCAUUUUGGGGUCUACUGUUGUUCGUGCUUAGUUCGCACGUAGUGACUGUCAUGGCUGGACCCAUCACUAAUGUCAGUUUUGAGACCGCGCUGCCGUUUCUUGCAAGUUUUGCUGAACUUAAAAUAAGUGAAGAUUCUGUCAGUGCAGAUCGAAAUUCAGAGCUGUUGAAGGACGUGUCCCCGCGUUUUACUUGGGGAGCUGUGGAUCUUAAAAUUAAAGAUAUGAAUGGAUGUGACUCAGCCUCGACCUACUUUGAGCAGCAGCUGGCUGCGGGAAUGACAGACGCUCAGCUACUUUUAAGUACUCUCGUAAGGUCAAGAGACUGCGUGGUGCUGAAGUCCAAUUCGUUUACUGCACCAGAAAACCCACAUACGUCUCCCAAACUGUUGACACAUGUAGCUGAUCGGUUGGAGUGCAAAUGUUUUUUCGGUUACUAUCUGAACGGAGCAUUAUCAGCGCGAGUAAUUAAAGCGCUGUUCCAUGAGAUAAACGCGUCAAAUGGAGCGUCCCUAGUGCUGCAGCGUGUCAUGACAGAUGUCCUUACUGCACACUGGCAGGACCUCGAGCAACAGGCUUUUCAGUCAUAUUGUAAUCUGAUACACGCGCGAUUAGCAGUUUAUGAGCGCGUUUCAAUAUCCGCAGAGUAUCUAGUGGCAAUUACUGAGCAAAAGCUAAAAGCACAACACAAUCAUCACGUGGUCGCUGGACGAGACAAAUCCUCGAUUUUUGAUGAGUUUGGUAAUUUAAAGCGACAGCAAGUAUCCAAUGAAAAGGAGGGUGGGAGUUCUGGUACGCCGACAUCUUCAGAGUCGUUGAAUACUGGACUUUUUAGCUUUUUGAAGAACACGGCUGGCCGCGCUUUGAGCAAACAGUUAUUGCGAUUUCCCACGAAUCGGUGGAGUACAGCAACAACAGAUGCAAGAGGAACAAUCACUCAAGAUAAAAAUGGCAGGUUUGAUGGUAACUUAGAAGCUGUUGAGGCAUCGAAGGAGUCACAGAUAGAGCAUACACCUGACCAACUUCUAGCUCAAUGUAAUGAUAGCAUAGCACGCUACAUAGUUCCUGGCGAGUAUCGCAAUUUACAAAAGGAGGCUAUGCCCGUGGACACUUCAGUGCUCGACACGAUUCAUGCAGAAGGAUUGGGAAGAGUCAAUACGUUGGUAAAUGAGCUUCUUGUGGGUCUGCGUAGCCCAUCGCCGCUCGAUCCAGAGCUCGCCAGUCCAUUGGACUUUCGGGCUGAAAAGAAAAAAUUGUGGGCAAAGAUGGGACGGGUAAGAAGGCGCUUUGAGCGCGCGAACGAAGUUUCGUCAGCUAUUUUUUGUAGUGAACUGCUUCGUUAUCUACACUCUGUAGUGCUCAGCAAAAACGAGACAGAUACAGUGACUCAGCAACAGCAACAACUGCGAGGUCGCGCUGUUUCUUCAAUCAUGCUUGACGACAAGAAGGUUGCCGAUGCACCUGUUGUGCUUACUAAGGUGCCGUUAGAGUUGCUAACCUACAAGAACAAUCUUGAGGCAAUGGUGUCUCAGUAUAACUUUGUCGCGCGCGGCCCUCAAAUUGCUACUGUCCUAGCCGGAUUUUGGAAUGGACCAGUCCGUCGCCAAUUGCAGUACCUGACGCAGCUAGAACAUGACCGCUUUUCGGCAGUAUGUAUCGAGAACUUGCGUCGCAUCACAGAUUUAGAGAAAUCACUGGGAGAAAAGGAACGUCAUGUCAAGCAUUUUACUGACAACAUUGCCGAGUGGGACCGACAACAAGACGAAACUAUUGCUAAAAUCAAGCAAAUUCAUGAUGAGCAGGUGGAUUCAUUACAGGGUGCGAUACGGAAUACUGAGACCCAAAUUGAAAAUGCAUUGGCAGAACAACAAGCACUUUAUCAAAGCACGAUGCAAGCUACGAGGCGUACCAUCGACACAGUUGACAUAAUCACUGAUAAGGGUCGUGAGGUGUCGGGCUACCUUGAGCGCUAUGAAAGAGGACACGUUUUCUCGUCGCGAUGGCGUCAAUACUUUUAUGUGCUUAAGCACGCCACGCUCACUUGCUACAAGUCAAAAAGCGAGUACGAGGAACGCGAGCCUCCUAUCGAGCGUGAAGUAAGCAUCAGCGGUUACAGUGUUGUCCGAAGCCGGACAGAUGAACUCAAAAUCAAGCUGAUUCCACCUGAAGCGGGCCAUAAAAUGUUCCGCUUUCGAGCACCUGCCAGCGUAGGCCGAGAAGUUUGGAUGAAACGGUUCUCGGAGGCUACACAGUACGGUCGAUAA